GUAAAUAUGGAUGCUUCUAUGGAGUGUGUCCGUCGUUUGUCGACUAAAAACGAUAUUCUUGAUAGAAUGGAUGUUGGAAAGCCUGAAAUUGUAAAAGAUGACAAAGACAUCUUAGGAAAGAAACCAUCUAUUGCUGAACAAAAGACACAGAAGCAAAAUGUAGGAAAUGAAAAGAUUGAGAUAGAAAUAGAAGACAAUAGCUGGAAAUUGUUAUAUAAAGUCAGCGAUUCUCCACCAUUUUAUAUGACGGUGCUGUUUGCUCUGCAGCAAACAUUAAUGGUUUUACCGUUCUGUGUGAUGUCGGCCAUUAUGGUAGCCCAGUCAGUAUGCGCAGAGGAUGACAACGAUCUCAAAACACAACUCUUAUCAACAACAAUUUUCUUAUCGGCUGUCUGUACAUUUCUUCAAACAACAUUUGGAGUGAGAUUACCGGUAUAUCAAGGUCCUACUCCAGCCUAUAUUGUGCCACUUUUAGUGAUAUCAGGGUUACCAGACUGGAAGUGUGAACCAAUGUGGAACAAAGUUAUCUUCAAUGCAACGACAGGAGAAAACUUUACCACAGAUGAACCCGACAUAGUUGGUUAUCGUGAGAAAAUAGCAUUACCGAAGUUACGUGUGAUGCAAGGAAGCUUGAUACUAGCUGGAGGACUACACAUGAUGAUAGGUUUGACUGGUUUAGUUGGUGUGUUGCUAAACGUUGUAGGACCACUUACAGUUGUACCGACACUGGUUCUAUUAGGCAUAGAAUUGAAUGGAGUUAUGAAUACAUUUUGUGAACCCCAUUGGGGUGUGUCAGCAGGAACUUGUUUGAUUUCCAUAAUUCUUGCUGUAUACCUGAAUGGAUGGAAUAUGCCACUGCCAAUGUAUACAAGAGGACGAGGAUUUCACAUUAUAAGAUAUCCUCUGCAACAGGUUUUAGCGAUCUUAUUUGCAAUACUUAUUGGUUGGAGUAUAUGUGGUAUAUUGACAUACGCAGGCGCACUGACCUCUGAUCCAAAUGACAAGCAGUAUAAAACUAGGACUGACUUUGGAGCUGAAACCAUAGAAAGGACGCCAUGGGCGACUAUACCAUAUCCCGGUCAAUUUGGAAGUUCAGAAUUCAACACUGGAAUAUUUCUAGCUUUUUUCUUAGCUACAUUAUUGUCAGUCAUUGAAUCUAUUGCUGAUUAUUACGCAUGUGCGAGAUUGUCUCAUCUUCCGCCUCCGCCAUUAUCUGCUAUGAACAGAGGAAUAAUGAUGGAGGGGUUCAUGUCCAUGAUAGCAGGAUUCUUUGGAGCAGGACAUGGCACAACUACAUACAGCAACAAUAUAGGACUCAUUGGUAUGACUAGGGUUGCCAGUAGGAGGGUUUUCCAGAUGUUAGGCAUACAGCUAGUAAUGUGUGCUGUCAUUGGUAAACUGGGUGCAGUUUUUGUUACCAUACCAUAUCCUGUUUUAGGUGGAUCAAGUAUCUUAAGUUUUGGACUUUUUAUUGGAAUUAUGUUGUCGUACCUACAGUUUGUAGAUAUAAACUCAACCAGAAACAUGGCUGUCGUUGGUGUAUCAUUGUUGACCGGUCUCAUGGUGCCAAAUUGGGUGAAAGAGAAUUCAACUACUAUAAAGACAGGCAGUGAUGAAUUCGACAAACUUCUUAUAAUGACUCUUACGAACCCCUCAUUCUUUGGGGGUUUCGUAGCUUUCAUUCUUGACAACACUCUGAAAGGAACUAAACGAGAGCGCGGGUUAGCUGCUUGGGCACUAGGAGAAAGUCAAUCAGUUGAUACACAGUCUAAGAUAGAGGAAGAUUUAGAUGUUUACGAAAUACCAAUAUUUACAAAAUAUUUAGAUAAAAUACCUUGUAUGAAAUAUCUACCGAUAUUUCCGACAUACACACCAGAAAAUUAUAGAUGCAGAAAGCAAUUAACUUCAGAAAAAGAAAAGCAAUAACAUUGAAAUGUCUUAUCUUAUUACAUUCUGCAAAUGUACUGAUUCGGAAUUAGAUUAAUUCAUAUAUAUAUUUAAAGCAUAUACAUGAUGUAACUGCUAUGAUGUAAUCACCUCUUUUUGUCACUUAAGGUUAAUCGGGUAUAUUUCAGGAAUCCUCGAUCUUCGAUUAUAAAAUAGAUAGAAAGUAAAUCGGGUUUAUUUAUAAAGGAAUGUGUAGAAAGUUUACCAAUUUGUUCAGUAUCAAGAAAAUGAGUCCCGUAACCCAAAUUUUCUGAAGGGGCAUUAUAAGACCUAUAUUUUUUUAUUUUAUCUAUUUUUAUCUAAAAAUAUUAACCUUUUUGUUUACGUCUUUUAUUGAUUUUUUUGUGCAUGCUUAUUUGAUUUAUUUAGUCAAUUGUAUUGUAUGUUGAAAUAGUUUUCGCUGCUAAAUUCAAAAAAGAAAAUGUGGCUUGAUUGCCUAUGAGAACAACUCCCCAGAAAAGACCAAAUGACUAUUAUGUCUAUUUGUUUGCUCUACUAAUUGUGUCAAUCUCAAAUGUUAAAGUUCGCUGCUUCGUUUGGAUUUAUAUACUAGAUAAAGUAUUUAGCAUUGUAAUAGAAGAACGUUCGAAUUUACUUGACCGACACUUCACAAAAUGACAGCGUUUUUAUAUUUUUAACUUCUUUAUGUAUAAUGGAGCUCAAAAUACAAUCUUUGUGUUUUUACUACAGAAUAAGUAUGGCGACACUAAAAACGAAUUUUAUGAUAAUUUGGUCUUCUUUAACCUCUUAUCUUGAUAUUUGUGUCUUGACCAUCAAUAAAAUACGCUUGUUACGAAAAAGGAACCAAUCUUUACUGAAUUCACUGUUUAUUAGCUUCAUGUGUAUAUUUUGACGUUAAAAAAACGUUAUGACGUAUUUCGGAAAGGUAAUCCUAAACACAAUAAGAAAAAUGCGGAUUUUUUUCGGGGG